UACCCGACGAAACCUAUUCGUAGAGCUCGCAUAUUGACAACCAGAUCGGACACCUUCUCAGGCGGCGGAUUCUCUCCAUCGGCGUCGCCAUGUUAUCUUCAUCCUUCUCCGCUCUCUCCUCCUCCUCCUGUUACUCUUACCUGUCGCCACUCUCCCCUGCCUUAAGGAAUCGUACUGUCUCCGUGCACCUAUUGCAUCGGACGCGACCCAUCAAUGGAGGUUGCCUCACGAUUCGUACUACCUCUUCCGUACGCUGUUUGGCCACUAUGUCCGCUGCCGAACGCAUCAAAGUUCACAACCCCAUCGUCGAGAUGGAUGGUGACGAGAUGACUAGGGUCAUUUGGAGAAUGAUAAAAGAAAAGCUUAUAUUUCCAUAUCUCGAUUUGGACAUCAAGUACUUCGAUCUGGGUCUUCCGAACCGUGACGCCACUGAUGACAAUGUCACCGUAGAAAGUGCUGAAGCUACACUCCGGUACAACGUUGCAGUGAAGUGUGCAACGAUAACGCCUGAUGAAGCUAGAGUUAAGGAGUUUAAUCUCAAAUCCAUGUGGAGAAGCCCCAAUGGAUCUAUAAGGAACAUUUUAAAUGGAACUGUCUUUCGGGAGCCAAUUCUUUGCCAAAACAUACCACGCAUAGUAACUGGUUGGAAGAAACCUAUAUGUAUUGGUAGGCAUGCAUUUGGAGAUCAGUAUCGAGCAACAGACAUGAUUGUCAAAGGUUCUGGGAAGCUUAAAAUGGUUUUUGUCCCUGAAGAUGGAGGUGCACCUACAGAGCUAGAUGUUUAUGAGUUCAAAGGGACUGGUAUUGCAUUAUCAAUGUAUAAUGUUGAUGAGUCUAUUCGAGCUUUUGCUGAGUCAUCAAUGUCCAUGGCGUUUGCAAAAAGAUGGCCACUUUACUUGAGUACCAAAAAUACCAUAUUGAAAAAAUAUGAUGGCAGGUUUAAAGACAUAUUUCAGGAGGUAUAUGAGGAAAAAUGGAAGAGCCAGUUCGAAGAACAAUCAAUAUGGUAUGAGCACAGACUGAUUGACGAUAUGGUAGCUUAUGCACUGAAAAGUGAUGGUGGUUAUGUGUGGGCAUGCAAAAACUAUGAUGGAGAUGUCCAGAGUGAUUUCCUUGCACAAGGAUUUGGUUCUCUGGGCUUGAUGACUUCUGUAUUGUUAUCAUCUGAUGGGAAAACAUUGGAGGCUGAAGCAGCACAUGGAACCGUGACUCGACAUUUCAGGCUAUAUCAGAAAGGAGAAGAGACUAGUACUAACAGUAUUGCAUCCAUAUUUGCCUGGACACGUGGUCUUGAGCAUAGAGCAAAGCUGGAUAAACAUGAACAAUUACUAGAGUUUGUCCAGAAGCUUGAGUUGGCAUGCAUUGAAACAGUGGAGUUUGGUAAAAUGACAAAGGAUCUUGCACUUCUUAUCCACGGGCCAAAAGUGUCAAGGGAUCUCUACUUGAGCACUGAAGAAUUCAUUGAUGCUGUUGCUCAGAAUCUCAAAGAUAAGAUCCAAAGUAGCAGCAGCCAUUAACCAAUAGUUAUUGGCCACAACAAUGACCAAAAAGAAAUAAAUAAAGAAUCUUUGCACUGUUUCCUGAAGGUCAGAGAUCUUUAAAUGCCAACUUUGGAAGGAAAAUUAAUUAGAGAUCUGAGAGGAAAAUUAAUUAAUUGGAUUUUAUCUUUUACUUAGGUAAAUUGCAGUAGUAUCAGUGUUCAAGUUGUUGUGAUGAUCACAUAUCUUAUCUCAAAUUGUUGCUGCUAAUUCAUGUUGUGGUGGAUUUUGUUGAUAGUUUUCCUCAUUCUUCCUAGCU